AUGAAUUCACUCCAACUAUCUUCUGCCAUUUUCUUCUCUCUACUUGCAUGCGCUCACGCUAUAUCUCUACACGAACGACAAGAUGGCCUGGAGCCCAGAGUUAUGAGUCUUCCUAUCAUGCGUCGCAAAGUAGAUGAUCCUUUUGCCCAUGAUCGAAAACGUCUCAGUAGAAGAGAUGGGACAGUCAAUGUUGGUAUUGAUAAUGAGCAAUCGCUCUAUUUCCUCAACGCUACUAUAGGAACGCCACCACAAAACUUCCGUCUUCAUCUUGAUACUGGAAGCAGUGAUCUUUGGGUCAAUGUCGUAGGCUCGGAGCUCUGCGAUACCCACGCCAACAUCUGCGCAGAGUCUGGUUUAUACAACCCCAACAAGUCGUCGACGUAUGAAUAUGUGAAUAGCGACUUCAAUAUCUCAUAUGCUGACGGCUCGGGAGCAUCUGGAGACUAUGCAACUGACACGUUCCGGAUGGGAAACGUCUCAAUCAAAGAUCUACAGUUUGGAAUUGGAUAUGUAACCUCAGACAACGAGGGUGUGCUUGGUAUUGGAUAUUCCACUAACGAAGCUGUUGUCAACCAACCCAAUCCAGAGUUUUACAAGAACAUGCCAGCCAGACUAUCUUCUGACGGGGCUAUCGCUUCCAAUGCUUAUAGUCUAUACCUCGACGAUUUGGACUCUGCGACGGGAAAGAUCCUCUUUGGAGGAGUCGACGAGGAUCAUUUCAUUGGCGAACUGGUCACAGUGCCCAUCAUGAAGAUCGACGACGAGUACUCGGAAUUCUAUGUUCAGCUCAACAGCGUCAGUGCUGGUUCAGAAACCGUUGGGGAAAAUCUCGCUCUUGGAGUUGUUCUCGACUCAGGCUCGACGCUCACAUAUCUCCCCACCAGCAUCGUGCAGAGCAUAUACGAACUAGUAGGCGCUGAAUAUGUCGAGGGUCAAACAACUGCCUACGUCCCCUGCGAUCUAGCAAACGAGGGAGGAAACUUUACCUUUCGAUUCAACGACCCAGCCGAGAUCACAGUUCCCCUCAGCGAGUUGAUCCUGGACUUCACCGACAUCACAGGCCGUCAGAUGUCCUUUGGCAACGGUCAAGCAGCCUGUUCCUUUGGAAUAGCACCCUCGACCACCCAAGUUUCCAUCCUGGGAGACACGUUUUUGAGGAGUGCCUACGUUGUGUUUGACCUGGACAACAACGAGAUCUCUCUGGCGCAGAGUAACUUUGACGCCACAAGCUCCCACAUCCUCGAGAUUGGCACUGGGAAGAAUGCUGUUCCCUCUGCUACUGGCGCUGAAGGACCUCAGUCUUCGGGCAACGAGAACGCUGCUGGUUCGCUUUCACCUCUAGCAAGUGACGGGAUUAUAUCUAUGGUUGCAGGGGCAGUGGCUCUUGGAUUUGCGUGGCUUCUCAUCUAG